UUGACAUGCACCUCGGAUGGUGUGCGUUUGCUUUAGUGUUUUAUUAUGCAACAAUUAUAUAACCGGAAAACGUACAUCAUCUGCCUGAGCUGGGCAGAAUGCUUUUCCAGCACUUUGUAGUAAAAGCAAAGCACUUGCAAUCAAUCACCAUAAAGCUGUUUCCGCGGCGUCAGCGCCUUGUACAUCGAUUCAGUAACAUUUCGUUUGUGAUUGGGUCAUACAACAAGUAUAGAAUAUUCUGACCAAUCACCGUAGAGUGCGGUGUAAAUGAGAUGAACUAAACUACACUUCACCUCAAAGAAAACGGCGCGAAGUUGGGAGCGAUACCAAUUCACUUUUAGAGGGGUGUUCGUAAGCGCUGUACUGUUAUUGACGUACACUCGUAAAACGAAUACAAACGUAAUGAGGAAAUAUACUUUGUGUAGCGUUAAAUAGGCACACAUAGCGCUUAGGACAGUUAUCCAACAGGUUUCGUUUUCUGAAAGAAACCCCAUGUAGUGCUGACGAAUGAAAUCGCCCAGAAGAAGGAAAUGUGGAGGAGAACUCAAACAGAAGACCCAAAUAUGUGUACAAGAUCUCAUUAUUGUCCAUAAAUAUCACAUAAACGCGUUUAUUAAUCGCUACUGUUUCCCUCUGAAUAAGUCGGUGUGUUUUGAAAAACGUGACCACAAUGUCUCAAGUGACCCUUUUGGAUGAGGUCUCUCAGUGGAACCAGGAGACCUGUCAACAAGAACUCAAAACGGUCCUGCCCAAACUAGUUGCCAUGCAUCAUGACACUGACAGCUGGGAAGAGCACACAAAUAUUCUUCAAAUAAUCACAAGCAGUUUCCUCCCUCAUCUUUCUUUAUCUGAAUUAGAGACGGGAUGUUUUUCCACGGUCUUACCCAAGGUGGUAAAAGUGUUUGCCAGUCUUUUGGAAGAAAUCGGCAAGCAAAUUGGAGGCCUUUCUAGUCAGAACACAGAGCUACAUGUGUUAUUGAGAAAUAUCUUGAAGAUGAUGGUCCAGACCCUGGAGUCUCUCUCUGGCUGUGUGCGUCAUGUCUGUUCCUUCGUAGAGUCUGUCUCCUUUCAUGCCAUUCGCUCUCUGCCCUCCUGCAUCCUCAGAGUCCUAAAGGACACCUUCCAGCACUGCAAGGACAGUGAGGUCAUGUACAGUGGAAGGCUGUCAAUGGUGGGCGAUCUGCUUCAGGGCCUGUUUAAAGAGGCCUAUUCUUUGCAGAAGGGCCUGAUGGAACUCAUGGACAAAAUUAACUUGGAGGACACUGCUUCUGAGGAGGAAGUGUCGGAUAUUGUCACAGUGAUUCACAGUCUGCUGGACAUAUGCUCGAUCAUAUCCAGAUUGGACAUUGCGCUACAUGCCAACACAUGGAAAUUUAUCGUAAAACAGAGCGUAAAAUACCAGUCUUUUGUAGAAGAUCGGCUUCACCACACUGACAUAGCCUUCUCGUUGUGUGAAGACCUGUGUACAUCUGUCCAGAACUGUCUUGAGCUGGCCCAACAGAUCCAACAGGCAGGCCUACAGGAAAUUGUGCACUGUCCAGAAUACAAGCUUUUCCAAAAAGCAACAAAGAUGUGUAGGUUUUUUGCCAACACAUUAGUCCACUACACAAAGGAAUUUAAAGCAUUUCUUGCCAAGUCAUGCCGUCGAUUUCACCAGUUGUAUAUCCAAAUCCACAGCAAGUUCCCCCCCUCUGUGUGUGCCCCGUCUGUGCCCUCUGCCCUCAGUGAGGAGUUGAGAGUGGCGGUUCUGGUUCCCAUGCAUGCCAUGCUGACACAGCUGCUCUCCUUCCAACCCUUUGCAGAAUCUGUCCUGGACCCAGAUCACAAGUGCAGUACAGAAUGUUGUCUACCACAGUGUCUGCUACUGGUGAGUGUACUGGGUAAACUCUCCUCCCAGCCAGAGGAGGCGCUGCAGCUGUGGAGUGAUGGCAGUCAGUUUUCGGAGGAAACUCCCAGAUGGUCUGUGUUUGAGGCAGUGUUGCAUAGUUUUCGGCGGUGUAUGUUGGAGCGUGCCGUGCCGGUGUGGUUGCCGGGAGUAAUGCUUCGAGGGCAGGCUCAGGGUAGAGUCAGUCUGCACCAAUAUGUGUGUGUGCAUAUGUGUGCUUGUGUGGCUGUUCUGCCCACUCAACACUUCGCUCCAUUGGAGCGGUCAUUAUUAGCCGCCGUAUUGCAGGCAGACACGCAGACGGCUGUCUUGGCCACAGAUGUCUGGUGCUUCCUGGCACGGUAUGGCACGGCUGAGUUGUGUUUUCAUCAUGUUCUCCUUAUUGCUCACCUGAUAAGGUCAUGUCCUGGUGAGGGUUAUCAGAUGUUUCACUUGGCCCUGCUGCUUAGACGUCUGCUAUUUCUCAUGACACCCAAGCACCAGGUGGAGUUUGUGGAGCGCUUCCCUCCCGCUCAGGAGGAGAACCUGUGUGUGUGGCGCCACACUCUGCUAAGGUGUCUGUGCACAGAGGCACGAAUGCGGGUGGAGGAAGAGGUGCUUGCCAGAGCUUCUGUUGUGCUGCAGGAAUUGCAGAAUAGCGGCUACAGGAUGGGAGAUAUACAGAGACUUAACCGGAUACUAGGCUGUGUGCUGAUGUUGAUGGGAGGGAGCAACCUGCAGGCUGAAUGUGUGGGGUCUUCUGUGAAGAUCAUCUCUCAGCUGUGGAGUCGUAUGAGUAGCAAUCAGGUGCAGGUUCAUCCUCCUCUCCAGUGCACUGUGAAGUUACUCCUGUCAAUAUCAGCUGUUCUGAUCAAAAGUGUAGAGCCACAUGUCAUUGUUCAGGCUGUUUCCUGUUUGAGUGGGUUGACUAUCCAGAAAUGCCCCGAUGACCUGCUUUUAGCUGCUUUGGAGUUCCUUGGUUCCCUGGGAAAAGUGUUUAUUUCUCCCAGUAUUCAGGUAUACGUGGAAUAUGAGUGCCAAGUUUUGCCUAGAAUCAGUGGUCUGUUUAAUGGUCUCCUGACUCACCCAUCCUGGCUGAUACUCCAUCAUGUCCUGGAGGCUUUUGGCCUCUUUGCAGAGAUAACCAACCAUGAGGAAGUGAUUUCUCAAACAUUGACAUCAGAGGAAAUCAAAACCAAAGUGUUAAACUACCUCAGUAAGACCGUCUCACACCAGGAGUCUGAGGAAGCAAGACUAGAACGUCUGAAGGAGUGGAGGAGUAUAAUAGAGAAACACUGUGAGCAAAUGGAGUGUGAGGACAACUCACCUGUGCACACGCCACUUACAGAGGAGCCAUGUCCGAAGAGGGCAAGACAGGAGACCAAAGUAGAAGAGGAGUAUGAGCGAUACCUCCAGACAGCAGAAAGUGCCUUGAAAGCCCUGCAGGCAAUAGUGGGGCCAGGCCACAACCCGUCCCCUCCACAGUGGGUCAAGACCAGACUUGAGGUCUUACAGUCACUGAUAAGUCAAAUUAACACCACUACAGUAGAGCAGCCCUGAUUCAACAACAACACCACCUCUACCUCUGGCUGCUUUUAACACAACGCUGCCUUUUUGUUCCAUGUCACCACAUUUGCUGAAGUCACCCAAGAUAUUUGUAUAAAAGUUGUAUUUUUUUUAAGUUUAUAUGGAAAAGUGUCACUCCAAAGACCAUAAAACUGUUUAUUAAACUUGUGCUAGAAAAUGAACUAUCCAUCGAUUGUUGUUGAGAUGUGGGUGUAAACGUAAAAAUAACAAAAAAACAUACAUGAACAAAUUUUUCACAGUAAGAUGUAUAAAUUGCAUUUACAUAAAGAUUUAUGCCGACUUAGAUGUAUUAGAAAAAAGACCAAUUUUAAUUUGGUAUGCAAAUAAAUGCAAUAAAAAAUGCUAAUUGCAGUAGAGCAUUUAAAUAUUACAAUGACAUCAUAGCUGUCAGUUGUGAAUAUUCUAAAGGCUAAUUCACAACUGCACCAACAGACACCAGCAAUUACCAGAUUAUGUUUGUUAUCGGUUUGUUAGAAAAUCAUACCCUACUGUCCAAACAUUCCUGACAAACACUGAUUGAAUGUUCAGUCGGUAAAAACAAACACGACCAAUGGCAACAGACCGACAGGGCUAACACACUGAUCUGAAAUCCAUCAUUCAUCAAACACCUCAUUUCGUGUCUGUCGAUGCAGUGUGACCUAGCCUUAAGUCAGUGGGAGAUUUUUUAUUUUAUUUUACCAAAUUUCGUAGUCAAUAUU